AUGCCUCGCAAGAUUGAGGAGAUCAAGGACUUCCUGCUCACAGCCCGGCGGAAGGACGCCAAAUCCGUCAAGAUCAAGAAGAAUAAGGAUAAUGUGAAGUUCAAAGUCCGAUGCAGCAGGUACCUGUACACCUUGGUCAUCACGGACAAGGAGAAGGCCGAGAAGCUGAAGCAGUCCCUGCCCCCGGGUUUGGCCGUGAAGGAGCUGAAAUGA